AUGGCUGCAACGUCCGCUGGCCUCAGACAGGGUCCUCUCCCCGCUGCAGACCUCCUCCCCUCGGACUACGCUGCCGACCUGCAGGCCUGCUCAGCCAUAAUCCGAGGAGACAUGGAGGGUCUGGAGAGGGAGCAGCUCAGCCUCCUGUUGAAGACCAAGAAGAAGCAGAAGCUGCUUUCAGAGGAGUUCUACCACAACGUAACUCAGGACUGUCAGAGGUACGUUGCAGACAGAGGGUUCAUCACCGUUCCUCUGAGCCAGGAGGAAAAGGAGUUCCCCAUCGCCUACUCCAUGGUCAUCCACGAGAAGAUUGAGAUGUUUGAGAGGCUCCUGCGUGCUUUGUACACUCCUCAGAACGUCUACUGCGUCCACAUCGACCAGAAAUCAUCCGAGGACUUCAGGAGUGCAGUGAGAGCUAUCGUGUCCUGCCUACCCAAUGUGUUUGUGGCCAGUAAGAUAGAGAGCGUGAUCUACGCCUCCUGGUCCAGAGUGCAGGCUGACCUGAACUGCAUGGAGGACCUGCUAAAGUCACCUGUCCAGUGGAGGUACCUUCUCAACACCUGUGGAACCGACUUCCCCAUUAAGACCAACGCUGAGAUGGUUCAGGCCUUCAAGCUGCUGAACGGAAAGAACAGCAUGGAGUCAGAGGUCACCAACGGCUACAAGAAGGGCAGAUGGCAGUUCCACCACAACGUCACGGAUACAGUAGUCAGGACAGAGGUUAAGAAGACCCCUCCACCAAUCAACACCCCCAUGUUCUCUGGCAACGCCUACUUCGUGGUAUCCAGAGCCUUCGUCCAUCACGUGAUGAAGAGUCAGGAGGUCCGGGUUCUGCUGGAGUGGGAGAAGGACACCUAUAGUCCUGAUGAACACCUGUGGGCCACUCUGCAGCGCAUGCCCGCUGUCCCAGGCUCCAACCCCUCCAACAGUAAGUACCAGCAGUCUGAUAUGAACUCCAUAGCCAGGGUAGUGAGGUGGAGCUACCUGGCUGGGGAUGUGAGGAGCGGAGCCCCCUACCCCCACUGCUCCGGGACCUACAGGAGAGCUGUGUGUGUCUAUGGAGCUGGAGACCUGCAGUGGCUCCUAAACCAACACCACCUUAUCGCUAACAAGUUUGACCCCGAGGUGGAUGAUGUGGCGAUCAGGUGUCUGGAGUCAUACCUGCGCUUUAAAGCAACACACCGUGUAUCAGUAAGGACAGUGGAAUCUGGGAAUAUCUUACAAAAACUAUGAAAGGUUGUAAAUACAAUCGUGUAGCUGUUUUUACCCCUUUAACUCUAUUCUCAAACGGCUAGAGUGUGUUUUAUUUCUGAUUUAUACUGUGUAUUUCUGAUGUUAAUGUAAGAGGGUUGUAAAUAAAAUGAUGUAGUUUUUCUUAGACGUUGUGAUUGCUAUGAAUAUUCCAGACAUACACCCUCCUGUAGUCUUUAAUUAGUACUGCAUCUAGUCCAAUGACUAGUUUCACUGAACACAUCAAUUCUGUAAGUUAUACCAUCGUUAUUCCUGUUCUAUAUGUAGUCAACAAUGCCAGGCUAUAAAGUUUUAUAACAUUCAGCACACGCCUUUAUGCAAAAUGGCUUUACAGUCAGAAAUGUUCUUACUCAUUUAGAAGCAGCUCAUCUUCUCUGUGUUUUAAUUAAAGCCGCUAUAAUGUUAAACAAUAUCUUAAGUAACACCAAGGUAUUAAGGCAGCUUUUUCAUUUGACUCCACA